AUGACCCUCCUAACCGUCAGCGACGCGGACCGCCGCAGACGAAAAGCGGAACUCGCGGAAUUUAAAGCAGAUAUCGCCAUAAUCAGGGAGCGGUUCCAGAAUAUAAAGCAGGAGGAUAUGCAGCUAUCCUUCCAGCUGCACCACAUGCACGAGCAAGAGGACAGAGAGCACGCGGGUCUCAUCAGCGGCCGCGGCAUCCGCGCGUACGAGCCGCCUGCCAUCCGCAAAAUGUACGACUCGGUCACGCAACCUACGCUCUCCGCCACUCCUUCUUCUCCUGAAGUUUUCGGCUCCAAGGCGCCAGCGCCAACUUCGCCGUCGAACGCGGAGAACCAGCAACCCGCGUCCUCCGUCACCUCCGUUUCUUCCGGCGCCGCGUCAUCCGCCGGAGCGUUCUCGUUGAUUCAGGAUCUCCUAUCGGGGCAGCGGCUAUUCAGCGAGGUGUUGCCAUGGUCUCGCUCGAACCCCCCGGCGGACCCCGCCAACUCGGGCGACGCGCUUCUCAAGCAGGCGGGGCUCGACGGCUUCACUCUCCUGUCGCCCAACUCGCAGUCGCAGAACCAGUCGCCGGCCAACGCACAAUCGCCGCAGAAAGAGUCUACCGCGUCGCAGGCCUCAAGCGUGGGGCUAAUGCCGGUCGACGACGAGGGGUCCGGCUCUGAGCUUGUGUCUUCCCCGCAAAGGUCUUCCGCGCUUUCUCCCGCCGCCGCCAGCGCGGAUUCCAAUGGCGGAAGCCCCCCCUCUGUUCCACGGCUGUCUCGUGUGCGUCGUUCCGCGCAUCGUGCCGGGGUGUCUUGUUCCCCCGCCUCUUCCGCCUCCGCGCUCCGGACCCCCACAUCCGCACAAUCUGCGCGUGCCCCCUCCCCUUCGCGGGUCGUGAGCCUUUCAGAAAAUUCCCCCUCGUGCGUCGGGCAGGGGGUAUCUCCUUCGUCAAGCACCACGUCAUCCAUCGGCGCGCAGCAGACUCCCCUGCGGGCGCUGACGCCCGCGCAACAGCUGCGCGCCGAGCUGGCGGAACGGCGCGGCGGCGCGGCGGCGAAGCUGUUCACCGACGCCGCCAAGGAAGCGCUGCUUGUGCGCGCGGGGCUGCUGCCGGGGCCCGCGGAGUCAGGCGCGACCCGCGCGCGCAGCAGCGAAGAAGCCGCAGGCGCAGGCGCGGGAGACAGCGCGAGCGCAAUCCGCGCAACCCUGGCGGAAAGAGUGGCGCAGUCGGCGUCCGCUGGUUCCGCCAGCGCGACGCCCAGCAAGAUCGAAGAGGGGUGGCAAUCAGAGAGCGUGGCGGAAUCGCUGAGGCUGAGUGGGGAGCUGCGGAGCAGGCUGAGGGCCGCGCUGGGGGAGAGGGAAUCCGCCAAGAGCGUGGUCGCACACAUGUCGCGAUCCAAUCGCCCGUCGUCGCAGCACCAUCGUGCGGUCGCACAGGCGCACAGAGGCACAUCCGCCCUGUCGCACCACCGAGGCGCGCCAGGGCGAGGCGGCGGCGGCGGCCAGCUGUGCGGCCGCUUGCUACUGCUACUCGUCGUCGCACAAGGUCUCUAUAUUCUGAAGCUUAAAUUCUCUCCGCGAUCUGACGCGCAGCGGCAGAGCGCAUCGACGGCUGCCAAGGGCCAAUCGAACGGCCACGAUUUGACGAAGCUGUUCAGCGCGAGCGGCGGGGGAAGCGCGCAGCGGGAGGCCGACGUGGAUUCGAUUCACCUCGGCGGACCGCGGACCUACGACGGUUCGCAUGACGCCGCCAUGUACGGGGGCCACGAGCGCAAGUGGGUGCGGAAGUUCGCUGGCGGCGGCAUCGACGCAAAGGAUGACUCGGAGCCGCGCGAAGAGACUCGGAAAGGAGUGGAGUUCAGGAGUGGCGACGAUGAUUGGAUGGUGGACGGGACUAAGACGACUCGACCCCUGAUAGUGGAUGAGGAGAGCGCAGGGCGCGGGGGAGGCGGGGGGGAGGAGGCGGAGCGGAAGGGCGUGGAGUUUAGGAGCGGCGACGAUGAUUGGAUGGUGGAUGGGACGCAGACGACUCGGCCCCUGAUAGUGGAUGAGGAGAGGGGGGGAGGCGGGGGUGGCGGAGGGGAGGAAGUGGAGCGGAAAGGCAUGGAGCUGAGAAGCGGUGAUGAUGAUUGGAUGGUGGACGGGAUGCAGAGCGGACAGGAGGGCGCUCCUGACGGGCUGACGUGUCGCUCGUGGCUGCAGGAGGCUGAUGACGUGGCGUUUGGGAGGGACUUUGAGAAGCAGCCAAUCGCAGUGAUGGCGUAUGAGACCCCCCGCAGGUACCCGUGCGACGUGCCGUGCGAGAUGGUCGGCAAGCGCCGCCCGGCGCAGCUGGAUGCCAGCCUGGCGGGCGGCGUGCCUCGGCACAAGGCGGUUCUGCGAUCGAUGGAGCCGCGGGGAUACUAUGCGAGCAACAACCCUGCAUGGGCGCACAAGGAUCAUGCUGUGGUGAUGACAGUGCACUACGAUUCGGACGUGCCAGUGCAGUACGGGUCGUGGGAGGAGUAUGAUGUCAUGCGCCCGCCUGUCAACAAGACCUCCUCGGCUCUCGCUGCUGCCUUUAUCAGCAACUGCCAUGCCAACAGCUUCAGACUCGAAGCAGUGAAGGAGCUCAGUCGGCACAUGGAGGUGCAUUCGUACGGCCGUUGUCUCAACAACAUGCCAUACGAGACCGACAAGCUACCCAUACUAGCUCAACACUUCUUCUCCCUCGCCUUUGAAAACACUUGUGAAGCCGACUACGUCACCGAGAAGUACUGGCAGUGCCUCGUUGCCGGCUCUAUCCCCGUCGUCAUCGGCGCCCCCAACAUCGCCGAUUUCGCCCCUUCCCCAAACUCAUAUUUCGAAAUCAAAUCUUUGGAGGAUGUGCCACGGGUGGCACAGCAGAUGGUUACGCUCGCUGGUAACCAGACAGCAUAUGAUGAGAUGCUCGCGUGGAAGAAAGACGGGCCUUCCCAGGCGUUUAUUGCCAACAUGGACUUAUCAGCUGUUCACUCCUCCUGCCGCCUCUGUAUCUUCCUCGCCGACCGGAUCCGGAGAAAGGACCUGGAUGCUGCGAAAACCCGCCGCCCGUGCCGGUGCGAGGCGCCGGGGAAACGAGAAGGGGAGAAGCUGGUGGUAUACCACCUGUAUGUGAGAGAACGGGGGACGUUCCACUUCACGUCAGUGUUCCUGCGCAGUGACCACCUCACUAUUAGAGGACUCACGUUAGCGAUAAGACGGAGUUUUCAGAAAAAGACGCACCGGCCGGUUUGGGUGGGGAAGCGGCCGGCGUCGCUCGGAGGGGAUGAGAAGGCAUGGGCUUUGAAGAUCUAUCGGAUAUACCCGGCGGGUUCGACGCAGAGAGAGGCGUUGUGGGGUGAGGCGUGGUUCCGGAACUCGUCUCAGGUGGUGGCGCAUGUGACUGCACACCCCUGUGCUCGUCUAGAAGUGAUAUUCGUAUGA